CCGCGCGCCGUGCCCGGGCCCGCACCGGGAUGGUGAACCUAGCGGCCAUGGUGUGGCGCCGGCUUCUGCGGAAGAGGUGGGUGCUUGCCCUGGUCUUCGGGCUCUCGCUCGUCUACUUCCUCACCAGCACCUUCAAGCAGGAAGAGAGGACAAUGAGGGAUCGGAAUCUCCUCCAGGUUCAAGACCAUGAUCAGCCCAUCCCCUGGAAAGUGCAGUUUAACCUGGGCAAUAGCAGUCGACCAGGCAAUCAGUGCCGUAACUCCAUUCAAGGGAAGCAUCUUAUCACAGAUGAACUAGGAUAUGUUUGUGAAAGGAAGGAUUUGCUGGUGAAUGGCUGCUGUCAUGUCAACAUGCCCAGCACAAAGCAAUACUGCUGCGAUGGCUGCUUGUCCAAUGGCUGCUGCAGCGCCUGUGAGUACUGCAUCUCCUGCUGUCUGCAGCCCAAUAAGCAACUUCUCUUGGAACGCUUCCUCAGCCGGGCAGCCAUGGCAUUCCAGAACCUCUUCAUGGCAGUGGAAUAUCACUCUGAAUUGUGUUUGGCUAAAUGCAGGACCUCAUUCCAGAGCGUCCAGCAUGAGAAUACCUAUAGGGAUCCUAUAGCAAAGUAUUGCUACGGCGAGAGCCCUCCCGAGCUCUUCCCUGCGUGAUGGGCGUGGAAGACUUAAAGCAUGGGUGAAAAGGGGCCCUGCUGAAGAACUGCCAGCCUGAGGCCAGACUUCAGCAUUCAAAUCUAGUGCAUUGGUCAGAGGACAAAGGCAUUGUGGAAACUACUUCUUGUGUUGUUCUCUUUGGCUUCACUCAUUGCCUGGACCUUACCAGAUGGA